CUCUUGCAACAUUUUGUCCUGACUCACUGCUGGGAACAUUGUAUAAGAACAAGUCUGUAAUCCAACAGAGAAGGAACUCUGCUGAGCCUUCAAGUGCUUUGAAGAUGAUCAAGAUGAACUGGAUAAUGCUGAUUUUCACUGCACUGGCUGAAUGCCAUGACCAAAAAGGAGGCGUCUUGUCAUGUCCAGCACUGUGCUCCUGUUCUUCAGGUGCAGGGGUGGUGUGCAGCCAAAGCUCCCUUAUACAUUUCCCCGUGGAUGGUUUACCCCCUUACACCACUAGACUAUCCAUCCAAUCCACCAAACUCAGCAAUGUUACAGCCAGUCAUUUGAGUGCUGUGCCCCUUUUAAACAACCUCCAGCUGUAUCACAACAACCUGUCAAGCCUUCCUUCAGAUCUCCUGAAGGACGUUCCCCACUUGAACACGUUGGAUCUGACGGGUAACCAGCUGGUUCAUCUUCCUCCAAAUAUCUUCAGCCAUGGCUCACUUCAUAGUCUUGUGCUGAAGAACAAUCUGCUUGAAAAAGCCGAUGCUGAGUGGUUUCCUGACAACAGUAGCCUGACCUGGCUGGACUUGUCUGGAAACCGUUUAACAAGCGUACCCUCUGCUCUGCUUCACAAACUGACCAAUCUGGAGGCUCUAGACUUGAGUGACAACCAACUGCAAGACCUACAACCCGACGCCCUGAAGAACCUGCACCGCCUGGAGUCUCUUAAUCUCGCUGGAAAUAAAUUAACAUCCCUGCAACCUACAAUCUUCACCCACAACCUGAAACUAUCCCAACUCUUUCUUCAGGAGAACCAGCUCCGAGAUCUGCCAGCGACCCUCCUACAGGGACUCCAACAUCUUGAACUUCUUCUGCUCAAUCAGAAUCAGCUGCAGAAUUUCCCCACAGGGCUGUUGGAUGACAGAAAAUCCUCUUUCCAGAUUAUCUUAAGAGGAAACCCCUGGGUGUGCGAUGAGAUGAUGGAGUAUCUGUGGAAGUGGCUCACUGUCCAUCCUCAAAACGUCCACUUUUUGGAGGAGGUGACAUGUGCAGGACCUGAAGCUCUUAAACGUCGACAAGUGGGCUCUUUAACCGGCAGUGACCUUGGACUCAAAGUUAGUGAUAAGGAGGUGGCGUGAUGGAGUGGUUAUUUCAUGUUACCUUCUAAAAUUGUCAAAUUUUAAACUAUCCCCAUAUAUUCAACUGUAUCAAAGGCUGAAAUAAAACUUGAUAAAACUAUGAUUCAUUCUUUCGCCCAGCUCUGCUUUCUCAUGAUCUCUCCUUGAGCUCUCCAUUGUUUGGAUACUGUCCAGUCCACUGGGUGGCGUACGAUACUCAAUAAAUUUUCAAAGCAAUGAGCUGAACAGACAGUGCAGCUCAUUUAAGUAUCAAUUUACUCCGUAGAUCACAGCCAAAAACCUGUUAAGCAAACCUCGAGGCUGAUGCAUCCUGACUGUAUUGAUUGUUUUAGAUCUGUGAGGCACAUAACAUCAAGGUAAAUGGAGUAUAAUUCAACGUAUGGACAAACUAGAUUUUUAAUUAUGGUCUCUUAAAUGAUUUAUAGUGUUUUCAUGAACUAAGAGCUUGUAAGAACGUCGUCCAUAAAAACUGCAAUAAAAAAACAAAAGGACUUCGAUGGUGCAGAAGAAAUUAAAGCUUCCCUCCUUCCUUGAAGUGUUUUUUUUUUUAUGAUUCCAACAGAUUUGUCUCACUUGUUGUUGGUUGCAUCGCAGCAUUGUUUCAGUCGUGCCUUUUUGUUUUUAAUGAUGUUGUUGAGCGUGUAGGAGUGCGUGGGCAGUGCAAUGGCUGAGUCUUGCAGGUGACCUCUUCUUGCAGAUGACCUUUUCUGGAUGUGUUUAAAUAUCUUCUCUUUCUUUACGUCUCUCGUGCUCUCUCAUAGCGUAUUUACUGUAUACCUUCUGUAUGCCCACACACGCCUGUCCUCGAGCUUUGAUCACAGUGAGUGCGCCUCAAAUGUAAGUUAUUAC